AUGAAGUGCGAAAAGGAACAAGUCAAGGGGUGUGUUAGUGGGGGGUCCACCAGACAGUGAGGUGUAAAUGUCGCAGGUUGGUAGGGUUUUGUAGAGUGUAGAGGCAACAUGAAGGCAUGAGGAUUCAGGUGAGAAGGUCAGGUCAGGUGCACGUUUACACUACAAGACAGAUUUGUGUUGUUAGUAGUAGUAGACGUAGAUUUAUUUACAGUUUACAGAGAAUAUUAUAAUAUGUCUGCUCUGCUUCCGCCUUUGUCCCUCUCCUUUCUUUUUCCUCUUUAGUUAUAGUUCAAUUAUCUGUGUAAAUGAUUGUUAAAUUUCUAUAAUGGGUUUUCACAUAUUAGCUUAAAGUGUGUUUAAUUGAAAUGGUAGGAAGAGUUUUUGUUGGGAAUUAGAAGAAGGUUAAGGCUUACUGUUUGAAGUCAAAAGGAAAGAGAGUUUGGGUCAAGCAAAAUCCUCUCUGCCCCACAAGAAAGUGAAGUUACACAUACAUACAUUUGUCCCCUUAGAUUCCUUUCCUUUCUCUUUCUAUUUCUUUUGUUUUUUGUUUGUUACCAAUAUCUGUUUUGUGGGUCAGCUUCUGUCUCUUUUGUCAGGAUUCUCUGCAAAAGACCUCUCUACAAAACCCAAGAAUUAAAAUGAGAAUGAGACAGUUCUAAUUAAUGAUCCCACAAGUUUCUUCUCUUUUAAACCUUAACCUUCUCAUUGGUUUUUCUGCUUUUCUCUACUCUUUACCACAGACACCUCAUUAGUUUCCAUGGCAAAACCUUCCCAAGAUCAUUUCUCCUCAAAGAGGCACUUCCAUUGGACCAAAAAGGUUGGAACUGAAGAUGCUGUUGAUGAUCAUCAUCCAUUUCCAACCUUCAAGUCCGAGGAAGACAGAAAACCUAGCCUCAAGACUGCUCAUGCUACUAAUAAUUCCUUGUCUACACCAAGGAAGAAACUGCCGGCUGUUGCAGUUUCUCGCCUCCGGUCAGUCCUUACAGCGUUUGGCCGAAACCGAGCAAAUCUAGCUCUCGGUCUCGGUCCGAGAGUAGUCGGCACCCUUUUUGGGUACCGGCGAGGACAUGUCCAUUUUGCAUUCCAGAAAGAUCCCAGUUCGCCGCCGGCUUUUCUUGUGGAGCUGGCGACGCCAAUCAGUGGAUUGGUUAGAGAAAUGGCAUCUGGGUUGGUGAGGAUUGCAUUGGAGUGUGAUAAGGAGAAAGAAGAAGAGAAGAUAAAGCCAGUGAGGCUGCUGGAGGAGACUGUUUGGAGGACUUACUGCAAUGGCAAGAAAUGUGGGUUUGCUACCAGAAGGGAAUGUGGGGUUAAGGAGUGGAAGAUUUUAAAAGCUGUGGAACCAAUCUCAAUGGGUGCUGGCGUUUUGCCUGGAAACAGCGAAGGAGAGGGCGGUGAUCAGUCGGGAGCCGAUGGAGAGCUGAUGUACAUGAGAGCUAAGUUUGAAAGAAUUGUUGGGUCAAGAGAUUCUGAAGCUUUUUAUAUGAUGAAUCCUGAUAGCAAUGGAGCUCCUGAGCUUAGUAUCUAUUUGCUUAGAAUCUGAAUCAAACCGCUGGUAAAAGUUUGAAUUUAGUUUCUUUCUUCUUUGAGUCUCUUGAUUUCAUUCAGAAGAGAGUUAAAAGCAAGAACAAGGGAAGACAUGUUUAAUGUUCUAAGUCUGAAAAUGGUUUUUUUUUUUGGGUUAUUUCUCAGUUUGAAGGGAAAAAAAAAG